AUGCUGGUUGGACCAGCUAAAGCUCUAUUCAUGGAUGAAAUAUCUACUGGUUUGGAUAGCUCAACAACCUUCCAAAUUGUGAAUUCACUCAAGCAAUUUGUUCACAUUCUCAAAGGAACCAUAGUCAUCUCACUUCUGCAGCCAGCACCGGAGACUUACAACCUUUUUGAUGACGUUAUUCUACUCUCUGAUAGUCUUAUAGUAUACCAGGGUCCCCGCGAAUAUGUGCUUGAAUUUUUCGAAUCAAUGGGUUUUCAGUGUCCUGAGAGGAAAGGUGUGGCAGACUUUUUGCAAGAAGUAACAUCAAGGAAAGAUCAGGAGCAGUACUGGGGACACAAAGAUAAACCUUAUAGAUUUGUCACAGCCAAAGAGUUCUCAGAGGCACACAAGUCAUUUCAUGUUGGGAAAAGCCUUCGUGAAGAACUUGCUACUGAAUUUGACAAGUCCAAGAGCCACCCAGCUGCUUUGACAAACAAAAAGUAUGGAGUGGGAAAAUGGGAACUUCUAGAAGCUUGUUUAUCAAGAGAAUACAUACUUAUUAAGCGUAAUGCAUUAACUUACACCUUCAAGCUUGGCCAACUUGCUGCAGAGGGAUUUAUUACGAUGACAGUUUUUCUCCAGACUGAGAAGCACAGAGAUUCUGUGAUGGAUGGCGGCAUAUAUAUGGGUGCAUUAUUUUUUAGCCUUGCUGUGAUUAUGUUCAAUGGAAUGGUUGAAAUUUCCAUGGUUGUUUCACGAUUUCCUGUUUUCUACAAGGAAAGGGAUAAUCUGCUUUUUCCUUCAUGGGCAUAUGCCCUUCCUGCAUGGAUCCUAAAAAUCCCCAUGACUUUUGUUGAAGUUGCUGUUUGGCAGAUGGCUUUGGCAUUAUACCGAUUUGUUGCAGCACUUGGGAGGGAGUUAACGGUAUCUCUAACACUUGCGUCGUUUACAAAUUCCAUCCUUUUUGCUACGAGUGGUUUUAUCCUAUCAAAAGACAAAAUACAAAAAUGGUGGCUAUGGAGUUUUUGGAUAUCACCCAUGAUGUAUGGACAAAAUGCCUUAGUAAAUAAUGAAUUUCUUGGAAGGAGAUGGAGACAUAUUUUAUCUAACUCGACGGAGCCUCUAGGUGUUGAAGUUUUGAAAUCCCGGGGAUUUUUCACUGAGUCAUACUGGUACUGGAUAGGUGUUGGGGCUUUGAUUGGAUAUACAUUACUGUUCAACUUUGGCUACAUCCUUGCUCUCAUGUACUUGAGUUCACCCGAAAAGCACCAGGCUGUUAUCUCAGAUGAACCUCAACGCAAUGAGAAGAAUGGAGGUAGCGACAAAGGAACUAAGGUGCAGAGGCACAUAGAGUAUAGUUUUUCUCAGCACUCAAAUAGAGUGAGCAAAUUUUCUCAUACUUUACCCGCUAGAGGAAUGGUUCUUCCUUUUCAGCCGCAUUCGAUCACCUUUGAUGAAGUAACAUAUGCUGUGGACAUGCCAAAGGAAAUGAAGAACCAAGGUGUUGUUGGGGAUAAAUUGGUUAUUUUGAAGGGUGUCAGUGGAGCUUUCAGGCCAGGUGUUCUCACUGCUCUAAUGGGUGUCACUGGAGCAGGCAAAACAACACUGAUGGAUGUACUUGCUGGUAGAAAAACUGGAGGUUGUGUUGGAGGGAAAAUCACAAUCUCUGGGUAUCGGAAGAAUCAAGAAACAUUUGCAAGGAUUUCUGGAUACUGUGAGCAAAAUGACAUCCACUCUCCUCAUGUUACUGUGUAUGAAUCCCUGCUCUAUUCAGCUUGGCUUCGAUUGUCCCCCGAUAUCAAUGCUGAAGCCAGAAGGAUGUUCAUUGAGGAAGUCAUGGAGCUUGUGGAAUUGAAGCCACUAAGGCGUGCAUUAGUUGGAUUGCCUGGUGUUAAUGGUCUCUCAACAGAGCAACGCAAAAGGUUGACAAUUGCAGUCGAACUUGUGGCAAAUCCUUCCAUAAUAUUCAUGGAUGAGCCAACUUCUGGGCUGGAUGCAAGAGCCGCUGCUAUUGUCAUGAGAACAGUUAGGAACACUGUAGACACUGGAAGAACAGUUGUUUGUACCAUCCAUCAGCCUAGCAUAGACAUAUUUGAAUCUUUUGACGAGGUGAAAAAAAAAACAGAGUUGGUGUAG